AUGUCCGUCAUCUCCAAGUCCCCGGAAGAGACUGCAUCCAUCCACGGAAUCGGCGCCGAUGUCCUACGCCAAGAAGAAGCACGACACCCGCGAGAAGGGAUGCCAAAAUGGCAAUGGCAGAUUAUCAUAUUAGGAAACGGUAUCAUGUCGCUGGUAAACGGAUACGACGUUAGCAACGUCGCCAAUGUACAAAUUCUCAUCUACAAAGCCUUCGGCCACAUCGAGCUGCUCCCAUGGAUCAGCCUGGCAUACUCAGUCGUCAACAUGGCCACCAUCCCGUUGGCGCGGAAACUGACGGGUAUCUGCGAGCUGAGGACGCUCUGUUUGGUAUCUUGUCUCCUCGUCAUGGCGGGGUCGGCCCUGAGUGGUGCAGCGCCUAACGUGCAAGCUGUUAUUGUUGGCCGGGCUUUGUUAGCACUCGGCGGAGCACCUAUGUACCAAAUCGCUUUGACUUACAAUGUGGUAUUCGCAUACCCCCACGAGCUGGGUUUGGCGCAGGCGGUUUUGGGUGCCUUUUUCGCAGUCGGUCUCAUCACAGGCCCCAUCAUCGGCGGCGCUUUCGCCGAUAAUGAGCACACAACAUGGAGAUGGGCAUUUUACAUUGUCCUGCCCCUGACAGCCCUGGUCUCACUCUGCAUAUUUUUCUACCCAUCCUACCGCGUCCCCUCGCGCAAGUCCGCCCUGACCAACCUGAAAGAAUUCGACUGGAUCGGGUGCGUCCUGCACAUAGGCACCUUCAUCCUCCUCGGCCUGAGCUGUAUCUUCUCUGGGCCGACCUGGGCCUGGAAUUCAGGUUCUACUAUCGCGGUCUGGGUUUUGCUAGGUGUCGUCUUCGCCGCAUACGUCGCACAGCAGACCCUCUGCCUUUUCACCACCCCCGAGCGGCGCAUUUUCCCCGUGUCCAUCCUGCGCAAGAGCCGCGUCGUGGUACUGACCUUCGUGUGCUCAACCUGCAACGCCGUCUGCUAUGGCGUAAACCUCUACUACACGCCCAUCUACUUCGCCUUCACGCGCGGCUACGGCCCCCUCGCCGCCGCUGUGCGGCUGCUACCCUUCGUCUGCGUCUUCAUCGUUAUGACCUUUUUCUCUGGCGGCCUGCUCCCAGCUGUCAAAUACUACAUGCCCUUCUACGUGGUAGGCGGGAUCCUCAUCCUCGUCGGUGCCGGGGUAGAGCAGACAAUCACCGCCCAUAGCUCCGAGGCCAAGGUCUUGGGCUUGGAAGCCCUUAUCGGUGCGGGCGUGGGUCUCCUUUGGCAGCUCGCGGCCCCCGUCUCGACCAUGGUCCUCGAGCCCCACGAGCGGCUCGACGCCAUGGCGCUUGUCAACAUGGCGGCGCUGGGAGGCACUGCUAUCGCGCUGUCGAUUGCCGGCACCAUAUACCAGAACGUCGGGUACAUCCUUGUCGAGUCGGCCCUGGACGGAUUUGGGUACUCGAGCCACGACGUCCGGGAGCUGCUGGCAGGAGCAGACUCGCCCAUACUGAGGGGUGGGCAUCCCGAGGUGUUGGUUCUGGUUGUCGAUGCCAUCACCAAAACCAUAUUGCGAUGCUUUUAUAUCACCCUCGCUGCCAGCGCCAUCUGCUUCAUUGCAGCCUGCUGCAUGAAGUUUGAAGCACUUCCCUUCAAGAAGCCAGAGGCGCCGAAGGGGUCCGAGAGUGCAGAAAAGACCCCUUCGGUAUAG